CCAUUGGCGACAUAGAAGCUUGUGGAGGUUCUUGGGGCGGAGCUUCACGCAGAAGGGCGAGGAAGGUAGGGCCAGGGAGGCGUCUCUGCGGAGGCUGCGAGCAACCUUCUCAGACUGAAUAGCCGCAGCCGAGAGGGUUUGAGAACUUGUGGCCCGGCUCUCUGCGCGUCCCCAUCCCCCCCGUGGCCCUAGCCCUGGCCAUGAAGCGCAUCUUCUCCUGCUCCAGUUCACAAGUGGCGGUGGAGAAAUGGAACCGUCGUGAUCAGAAGCUGCUGGAGGCAGUGCAACGGGGGGAUGUGGGGCGCGUGGCUGCCUUGGCCUCCAGGAAGUCAGCCCGACCCACCAAACUAGACUCAAAUGGCCAGUCCCCGUUUCACCUGGCGGCCUCCAAAGGCCUGACAGAGUGUCUGACAAUACUGCUUGCAAACGGGGCUGACAUCAACAGCAAGAACGAGGAUGGAAGCACCGCCCUUCAUUUGGCCACCAUCUCCUGCCAGCCACAGUGUGUAAAGGUCUUGCUUCAGCACGGUGCUAAUGAAGAUGCUGUGGAUGCAGAAAAUCGUAGCCCAUUACACUGGGCAGCCUCCUCUGGCUGUGCCUCAAGUGUCCUCCUGCUGUGUGACCACGAGGCCUUCCUGGAUGUGCUGGACAACGAUGGACGUACACCCCUGAUGAUUGCAUCGCUGGGUGGUCAUGCAGCUAUCUGCUCACAGCUGCUGCAGAGAGGUGCCCGAGUUAAUGUCACAGACAAGGAUGACAAAUCAGCCUUGAUUCUGGCCUGUGAGAAAGGCAGCGCUGAGGUGGCCGAGCUGCUCUUGAGCCACGGAGCAGAUGCUGGAGCAGUGGACAGCUUGGGGCACAAUGCUUUGCAUUACGCAUUGCACACACAAGACAAGGAGCUGUGGAGGCUGCUACAGCAGGCCCUGAACCGGCGGCGAAGAGGCGGUCGUGGACUGGUUCAACAUCCAGAUCAUGCAUCUCAGGCUUCUCCUCAUGAGCCUCAAGUAGGAUCUCCCCUUAAGAGAUCACGGAGAGUGGAGAACGAGGAAGAGCAGGAGGAAGAGGAAGAGGAGGAGGAAGCGAGAUGCUCAGAGGAGUGGAAGUGGAAGUAUGAAGAGGAACAGAAGAAAGUUAACCAGUUGGAGAAGGAGCUGAUGCGAAAGACAGAAGAGUGUAAGGCUCAAGCUGCAGCGUUUGUAGGCCUGGAGAACCAGAUUCGAGAGCAGGUGCAAGAAUUAGGGCAUCUCCUAUUGCAAGAGCCUGGGGCCCCAGGAAGACAGGGCCCCGGUCUCCGUCCUGGAGGAGAUGGUAUGGAGCAGGGCUGUCCCCUGAAUCUGUUGGCUGAGCGAAUCCAAGAGCUAAAGAGGCAGCAGAAGGCAGCAGCCACAGCGAACCCCACAGUAGUUCCCAGGAGAGCUGAAGAGUUAGCCCCAGCACAGACCCAGUAUGAAGUCCAUAGAAAGUCCCAACCAGAGCGGGGGCUGCCCCAGAGCCCAAGGUCUGAGACCAUCGGGAAGGCCACAGGACAGCAGCUGAACACCAAUGGGGAACAGAACCUUGGCCUGGAUAACGCUGACCAGGUGUGUGUUGUCCAGAAGGAGCGGUCCCCGGCUCCAGGGACUGAACAAGCUGGCCCAGCGGGGGAACCAGCGGGCAUAGCAGCCUUGAACCAACUCCUGCUACAGCUAAGGGAAGAGCUGGCUGCAGUGUGGCGAGAAAAGGAUGCCGCCAGAGGGGCUCUGUCAAGACCAGUUCUGGAGGGAGCUCUGGGGACCCCCAGGGCUGAGGCUGCAGCAGCUGCCUGGGAGAAGAUGGAAGCCAGGCUGGAAAGGGUGCUGGUGAGGCUGGAUCGAGCAAAGGCAGGACUGCAGAUGAAACCUGAGGUUCCUGCCCAGGGGUCCAGAGAGGGGCCCCCCAAAGCAGUUCCAGGAUGCACUAAAGAGCACGAAGAAAAGGGGGUUCCUGGGGCCAGAGGAGAGCCCCUAGGGGCCCCUGGGGGAGAACAGGCUUCAGUAGGAGGCCUGGCAAAGGGACACCUGGAGAAAGAGGUGUCAGCGCUGAGACUUAGCAACAGCAAUUUGCUGGAGGAAUUGGGAGAGCUGGGGCGUGAAAGGCAACGCUUGCAAGGAGAGCUGCAGUCUUUGACCCAGAGGCUACAGCGGGAGUUUGUGCCCAAGCCCGAGGCGCAGGUCCAGCUACAGCAGUUGAGGCGGAGCGUGGGGUUGUUAACAGAUGAACUGGCCGUAGAGAAGGAGGUUACAGAGAAGCUGCGCAGGCGACUGGCUUCCCAGAGCAGCGGCCUCCAAGGGCUGUGGAACUGUCUGCCCCCAGACCUCGUGGGUAAGGGGAGUGCACGGAGUACAGCUGCAGAACCCCUGGAGGAGCUGCAGACCUGCAUCAGCAACCUGGUAGAUAGGCACCUCGAAGCCCAGCAGGCUUUGGCACGGUUGGAAGAGGAAAACCAGCAGCUGAGAGGAUCCUUGGUCUCCCAUGGGGAGCCAGAGGCCUCCCUGAAGGCUCCAGCAUCCCCCCAAGUGGCCGCCCUGGAGCAAGAUCUGGGGAAGCUGGAGGAAGAGCUGCGGGCUGUGCAGGCCACGAUGAGCGGGAAGAGCCAGGAGAUCUGCAAGCUGAAACAACUGCUUUACCAAGCCACAGAGGAAGUGGCCGAGCUGAGAGCCCGUGAAGCAGCCAGCCUGCGACAGCACGAGAAAACGCGAGGCUCGCUGGUGGCCCAGGCGCAGGCUUGGGGCCAGGAGCUCAAAGCUGUGCUGGAGAAGUACAACACAGCUUGUCGGGAAAUGUCUCGGUUGCGAGAUGCUGCGGCAGAGGAGCGCCGCCGCAGCGAGGACCUCGCGGCUCGGGCGGCUGAGCAGGAGCGCCAGGCAGGUGAGAUGCGCGGGCGCUCAGAGCAGUUCGAGAAAACCGCCGAGCUGCUGAAAGAGAAGACAGACCACCUCAUCGGGGCUUGCAGAGACAAGGAGGCCAAGAUUAAAGAGUUGUUGAAGAAGCUGGAGCAGCUCUCAGAGGAAGUUCUAGAGGUUCGGGGUGAGAACACCCACCUUGCCCUGCAGCUGCAGGAUUCCCAGAAGAACCACGAGGAGAUCAUCUCUACCUACAGGAGUCACCUGCUGAAUGCCGCUCAGGGCUACAUGGAACAAGAUGUGUACCAUAUCCUACUUCGAAUCCUCAGCAUGCAGGAGUGAGGCAGGCUCACUGCAUACCCUCAGAGAUAGUGGCAUUUCCCCUUUGCAAUAAGAGGACGGCCUGAUUCACAGAGGCUCCAUCAAGCUGUGAUGGGCAGGAGGGAGGGUGGGUGAUGGCCUACCAGGGUGGUGUGGGUAGGGCUUCAUUGGACCCCAGACCUGAAAACCUGGACCCUGGAACCUGUACAGAACAGAAUUGUGGAUGUAAAUGAGUUCCAUGGAAAAUAAAGCAGAAAGCAGGAU